AUGUCAUCUGAGCAGGCAUGGGAGACCACAGAUGUCCUCAUCUGCGGCUGCGGGCCAACAGGAGCUAUGCUCUCUGGCUACCUUGACAGUAUGGCGGUCCGGAAUAUCGUCCUGGAGAGAGAGGCCAACAUCACGACGGACCCGAGAGGAAUCGUUCUUGACGAUGAUGGCAUCCGGUAUUUGCAGGGCCUAGGUCUCUAUGAGCAUGUCUAUACAGAUAUCGGUUCUUGUAUUGAGAAGGUAUUAUUUUUGUCCGGAGAGCAAAAAUGCUUGCACACAAAGCCCAGCUUCUGCUUUAAUACUGCAUCGUCCGAAGGGUAUACGGGACAUGUCGGAGUCGUAAGCCACAAACAACCUGUGCUUGAAAAACACCUCCGUUCCGUCAUCAAAGGGUCUCGGUACUCGCAGUUGAGGAGCAGAUGCACGUUGGAGUCAAUUCAGGAAGACAAGGACUGGGUGUAUGCGACCUAUGUGGAUUCUGAAGGAACCAAUCGACACAUCCGUGCUCGUUUCCUCGUUGGUGCGGACGGCAAGACGGGCUACGUGCGCAAGCAAUAUUUGGAACCACAGGGAAUCAAAAUGGACUGGGCCGAACAGUGUCGUUAUGAAGAAACCUGGGUUGCCUUGAACUGGGAAAUCCGCCUGCCAACAACAGAAACGCACCCUGACUUCCCGCUAUGGAAGAUGGGGUAUACGUCUGAAGAGGUGUACAACCUGUUCUUCCCAAAGGACUUUCGCUUCCUCUGCAACCCCCGUCGGCCAGCAGUCUGCGGCCGAUUUGGCCAGAACAAGGACCGCCUUUGGAGGUUUGAAUUCGUCGUUCAACCCGGUGAAGAUCCGCAAGAGAUGUCUGAGCCACACAAGAUUCGCGAGAUUGUAUUCCCUUAUCUUCGUCAUCCUGGGAACCGCUAUGGGCUAGACGCCGACGUCGAGUUUCCAAACGAUUGCAUCACAGUCCUUCGCUCCCGUCCAUUUCGGUUCGCAGCAAGGAAGUGCAACAAAUGGGCUAUGGGUCGGGUCAUCUUGUGCGGCGAUGCCGCUCACGUCUUUCCUCCAUUCGGCGGUCAGGGGAUUGCUUCCGGAUUUCGGGAUGCCAUCGCUCUUGCCUGGCGUCUGGCCAUCCUAACUCGCUCACACUCCGCUCGAUUAGACUACGACCAGGUCCUCGAGGGGUGGUACUCUGAACGCAGCCAGCAAUUUCAAAAGUCACUCAACACAACCUUGCGAAACGGGCAGUUGGUCAACAGCACCAACUCACUGCAGAACUUCAUCCGGGACUGGGCGCUUUGGGUCAUGCAACUGAUCCCUCCAGUCAAGCAUCAAUUAGAACUCGGACCCCGAAGAGAGGGCCCUGUCAGGUACAUCCACUCGGCUGGUAUGCCGUUUCUACCCUCCCUCCACGGUGGAGUCUGCUUUCCACAAACGUAUUGCACUGAGUUAGCGAAGCUCGACAAUCGGAUUCGCUUUACUGAUGACGUGAUCUUUUCCAAAGAGAAGACGAAACUGUUCCAGAUUGUUGUUCUGCUAAAUAAACCAGCAGAGGCGAUAGUGGCAACCAAAGAGCUGGACGGCAUUGACGACCUUAGCGGUGGUCACUUGUCUGCUAAGGAGGCCACAUUGCUGGUUCAGGCUAAGAAGUGUCUUCCUGGCGAUAAGUACAGUCAACCUGCGGGCCUUUCCCUUUCUCUGUUCCGAACCGCCACUGCAGAGGAGUUCAAGCAGUCCGACUUGUGUGUUGGACGGCCGGAACCGAACGGCUACAAUGACAUUGAGUUUGUGGGAAAUAGAGAUCUUAUCACGUCCGGUAUCACCUACUUCGACCGCGGGCAGACAACUCGAAUAGGCAAUGUCUACGGAGCAGACGUAUGUCACAUACCGGACCAAUCUGGCACAGAUACAGAGAGAAACCAACACCGCAAAAAGACUGCUCAAACGUUAUGGAGGGGUCAAUCUCUUCCUGAGUAUAAUACUGGCAGCUCACAGCAGCCUAGAAUCUUGGGGGCCGUCAGCAAGAGCGCUAUAUUUCCCGUGGGUGAUUAUCUGUACAGCUUUGAAUUCCUCCUGCACAACUCGCUUCCGGAGACCAUCAAGACUGAGCUGAUAUCUACCCGAUACUACCUGGAAGCUCUGAUUGAACCGUCUGGACCAUUUUGUUCAAAGGUGGUUUCUCAGCUUGAUGUCCCGGUCAUUCGACUGCCAGCCGAAAACUCCCUGGAGCUGAUUGAGCCAAUCAUCUUCUCCCGCAAAUGGCGUGAGCAGCUCGCUUACGAUGUUUGCAUUUUCGGAAGGUGUUUCCCUCUUGGCUCGCAGAUACCAAUCAGGGUAAAAUUGACUCCGCUAGUCCGCCUACAGUGUCACUGGAUCAGGGUAUACGUGUCUCAGCACGUACAGCAUCAGACAAAAGGAAAAACGAAUCGCUUUUUGCAGCUGCCCACGAAAAAGGUGCUUCUGUUCGAAAAGCAGGCUGGGCUGGCAAGUUACAGCUCGUACCCAGGCAGCACCCUGCGAAUCACGACAGACGAAGGCAGAGCAGGAACCCCCGGCAUCCAAACCACGAAUCUUCUAGGGGAAGAAUCGGAAACCUCUGACAUCAAACUUGACGUACAGCUGCCUCGAUGCCCGGAAAUGAGGAUCAAAGAAAAAACACAACGGCUUCACUUCAGUACUAAGGGCGGCAGUCCUGAGGUGAAUCAUUGGAUCCAGAUUGUUCUGUGUCUUUCGUUAGCAGACCAAGGCAGUAUGGGCUCAAGCAAGGCUCGGCCUGUGGAGUUGACGAUCGAGUCGCCUUUUACUAUUCUGUCCUGCAAGGCUACCCCGGCAAAUAUCUAUGUUCCACCAUAUGAGGUGGAAGGUGCUUUCGAAGUGAUGGCCUCCCAAGAAGGCCAAUGUGGGUGUGGCCCGAGUCCCCGGUCAAUAUCACUUGCGUCGAGGCACGAAGCAGAAGCACCUGAAGCCGAAGCCAGGGACAAUUUGAUGUCUGUUAAAGGACAAUUCCCGAGAGAUAUUACGCAGCCGCUCAGCUUCGAUAAUAUGUUAAGUGACAUCAAGCAACCUGCUCGAGCCCAUUUACCCGAUUGGGGCCUUCCUUCUGAUGAACUUCACCGGCGACCUGAUCCCUAUAGAAGCAGGCAAUGGUAUGGCGGAUAG